UGCAAAGAUUGUUGGACUAGUUGAUGGUAAGAAAUUGUGUUAUUCAGCAUGUCGUUGCCACCGCGCGGUAUCUCUUAAAGAUGACACCUACUACUGCUCUGGCUGUGAUACCAAUGUGCUUGAAGUUACUCCACGUUUUAGGGUUAAGAUCGAAGUGUCGGAUGGAGAAGAUGAUGCAAAUUUUGUAAUGUUUGACACUGACUGCCAGAAUAUUCUGAUGAAAACAUGCAAGGAUUUACUCAUUGGUUCAAAGGCAAGCCUAAUCUGAGUUGCCUGAUCUCAUGAAGACAAUGAUUGGGAGACUGUUCCUGUUUAAAAUUGAGAAGUCAGCUGAUCAUGGUGCUAAGUAUGAUGAUUCAUUCAAGGUUAAGAAAGUCUGUGGUGAUCAGCAUGUGAUUGAUUUAUUCAAGGAUGCUGAUAAAGUUAACACACCCCAAGAGGUGUCAAAGUUCCCUGAUUUGGAAUCUGGAGAAAGUAGCGAUAUAUCUCCUGGUAUGUUUGGCAGCUACUCUGGAAACAAAUCUGAAAUUGAUGUUGCGGCCCAGUCACUUGAGGACAUAUCUCAUGUUGGGAGUUUUGCUUCUCCAUCCUUUGUUGAAGCUCAUGAUGGUGGUGCUUCCUAUCCCAAACCUGCCAAGAGGCUUAAGAUGAAGUAUGUGAAAAUAGAGGAGUAGUCAAUCAUGGUGGACCUUUGCCUCUACUUGUUGGGGAUUGAAUAAUGUAGUUGAUGGGUACAAUGAUGACACAUUCUUGCCAAUGUAACACAUUGUCCCUUUGUUUGUUAUGUUCAUCUUAUGUUAGUGAUCUCCAGGAUGGUGAAAGGUCUCUAGGAACUAUGUUAAAAAUGCAGUAAUGUAUGUUACCUAAAAACUGAGCUGUGUUUACUCAGUUGUGUCUAAAAGUUAUAUAUGUAUUAGUGUCUACUAAGCUCUCUCCAUCAUGGAAGAUGUGUACUCCAUGUGCCAUAGGCAUGAAA